AUGGUGUACAUCAAUGACUUCGAAGAGUUUGAAGCCGCUGCGCAGGAGCUGUUCUCGCAGCAUCCUCUCAGGACCCGAUAUUUGGUCAAGUACCGUCACAAAGAGGGAAAGGCAAUCCUCAAAGUGACUAACGACAGGAUAUGCCUCAAGUUCCGCACGGAGCUCAUAGCUUUCCUCAAGCGCAUAGAGAAGUUCUCGCAGAACUGGGCCCGCUGGACCGUCACCAAGGAUCUGACGAAGCUCAGUGAGCCGGACGAGGAGCUCGAGGCGGCCAAAACAGCCGCCAAGCCGACAGCCAAAGCCAAGCGCCGGAAAGGCUGA